GAAAAGGGAGCGUCGGCGGCGUGUGACGUCGCGCCGUCAAGCGAGAAGCUGCCUCGGUGGUUGUUUUCCCCCCCUCCGCCGUAGCCGCGCAACGGUUCCCGGGCCUGGGCGAGAUGGAGAGCGCCAGCCAGGAUAUCAACCUUAACUCUCCCAACAAAGGUCUCCUGUCCGAUUCCAUGACCGAUGUGCCCGUGGACAACCCCAGCGCCUCUGCCAUGGCUGCCCCGUCAAGGACCUUACCCUACAACGGUCUCACCGAAGCCGAGGAAGAAGAACUCAGGGCUGAGCUGACCAAGGUGGAAGAUGAGAUUGGCACCUUGCGCCAGGUGCUGGCGGCCAAGGAGAGACACUGCGGAGAGCUGAAAAGGAAGCUGGGCUUGACCCCCUUGGAUGACCUGAAGCAAAACCUGUCCAAGAGUUGGCACGAUGUCCAGGUUUCUAAUGCAUAUGUUUCGGCCAGCAGUACUCUGGAGGACUGGAAUGACAAAUUAACCCAAUCAGAAGCGUAUAAGAAGACCCAGGAAACGCUGUAUCAGGCCGGCCAGAAGACUUCGGCUGCUCUGUCCAACGUGGGUUCUGCAAUCAGCCGGAAGUUUGGAGAUAUGAGGGCCCAUCCGUUCUCACAUUCGUUUAGCAGUUACUCCAUCCGUCAUUCGAUAAGUAUGCCGGCAAUGAGAAAUUCUCCAACUUUCAAGUCUUUCGAAGACAGAGUUGGAACCAUAAAGUCCAAAGUUGUGGGUGGCAAAGAUAACGAUGGCACCAACCAGCUCCAUUCGCCGACGGCCGCUGGCGACAAGCCGCCCCAGGACAACGCGCCUUUCUAAGCCCUCCUACAGCAUGGCGGUGCAUGGCUGCCGGAGCCCCACCCUUUGCUCUUCCCAACACGCAAGACGAAAAAACGAAAAAAAAAAAAAGGAAACAAAAGAAAAAAAAAAAGAGAAUUGCGGUCCCACUCAGGAAGAGAGAGGUCCAUACAUCCCUCUUCGCUGCUGGAAUCUUCAGGUCCAAUAAAGUGAACAGACGGCUUUUUGUACACUUAUACCUAUUUUACACUAAAGGUUUCUCGAGGGAGCCCCGUGCCGCGCUUCCGUUUGGAAGGGUUAUCGGCGGGGAGGAUUUUUGCCGUUUGAGCCCCAAAAAGACCCUCCCCUUUGAGGCUUCAGAGGCUUGUAGACACUGCCCCCUCCUCCUUGUUCCUCCAGUUGCGAGCAGAAAUUCGAUUUUUUUUAAUGCAAUACGGGAAAAAGGGUCGUUUCAGGAGGCGUUAGCUGUACGCAAAACAGCCGAGCGCUUUAUAUACCCUUACUCCCAUCUCCUUGGUAUAACUAGCUAGCUAGCUUUCAGUUAUUCAAGCUCGUUUCCUUUCUGGGCAAUUAAAGAGUGCCCGUGACUGCUUUGGAAACCUUGCCAUCUCUCGUUUAGGUCGAUAAACCAAGUUUACUUAGCGGGGGUGGUGGGGGUGGUAAAGAUAGUCCCCCUUCCCCCCCCCUCUCUUCUGGGAUUCUCAGAAAGGAAUCUCCUCUUAAGCCCUAGCCGAGCCUGCCGCCCGGACUUCUCUUAAACUUUAAUAAAUCUCAGAAAGUUUAUUUUUUUGGAAUUUGCAGGGAGGGUGGGUGGGUGGCGGGAGACUUCCACAGCGCAUCAGCUUUUUUGCAUCGCGAUUUAGGGCCCUUCCCCCCCCUUCCCGGUCUCUCAGACGCGGGAGCUGAAAUACAAGCCUUACGUCACCACCUGCUUUAAUCGUUUAUAAUCUUUUUAUAUCUCGGAAGUGUGAAGAAGGUAGUGGGUGAGGAAGGGAAGGGAAGGAAACAGGUUGAGGCAUCGUACCAUAGAAACUGCAUGUGACUCUCAACGUUCAUUUCGGCGUGUUACAUAAAUCCUCGCUUGCACGCAUGUUCUUUUCUCUCUCUGUCUCCCCCCUCGAGCGUACGGAAUUUGCUUUUCUGUCCUCUGGAUUUGGGUCUUGUUUUAGAAAGUCCCGGAGGCAGCGAGGGAACCACCGGGAUUAUCAGGGCACCCCAAAAAUCCCUUCUGCUGGGUUUUCUUUCUUCGUUCGUUGCUCCUUCCGGGAAUUUUUCGUCCGAUUGUUUUUUGAGAAUCUGACGGCGGGAUUCUGUUCGCGGCUUCUGCAACCCUGCGGUGGUCGUGGGUGCCUUGGCUGCUGUUGGCGAUUAUGCAUGGAAACACUAAUACCCUUGAGGGAAGGGCGAGAACGUGAGAAGGCAGAGGUGCCCGUAAGCGAUCCAGACUUUUCUGUGCCUUAGAGGCUCAGUGGGAUGGGAAGCAGUGCGCCCCACAAUAGAUACCAACAGUGACACUUGGCACCCAGGAAGAAUGAUUUGGUGACCCUUCCUCUCUCCGGUCACCCGAGAAGCAAGUUUUGACACUCAAAAACGCGGGCGACGAAAUUCCUCCUGCGUCCUUUUGUUGCUGUUGGCUGAAAACCUUCCUGGGUCAUGACCUGGCUCAAGAGAGGCAGCAGAUCCACAGAGAUUAAGACGGGGGUUUUAUGGUAGUUUCUUAAGAAGGAGGUAGCCCACCUGCGUUUGGAAAAAGAAAAAAGAAAAAAAAGGGAGAAUCGGUGUUGAUGCGACCGGGCGCUGCAGGACGAGGCUAAGUUGUUUCUCCUGUAAUGGGUCUGGGGGAAAUUUGUCAAUAAAAUAUUCCUUUUGGAAAAGCAAA